CCCACCCCACCUCACCCCUUUUCUUUCUCAAAGAGAAACAUUACCUACGAAAAUGUCCUUCCACAACAGCUGCCAAAACAUCCACCUCAUCCACGAGCCCGGUGCUACUUUCCUGCACGCCGAGGUGCGUCGUGCGAAUGGAGAGUAUGUCGCUCGCAAGAUCCGUCUCGAUAGACAUAUUGGAAAUACCGAUGGCUGGUUCCUCUGGGGCGGCUCCAACUUCACCGAAACCGCCAAUGACAUUCAGCUCGAGCACACUGGCCGCGGUCCCAAGUUGACGGCGUACUUGAGGAAGCGGGAUGGUGGAUACAGAGAGUUGCAGGGAUUGUAUCUGGCGGAUAAGAUUGCUAAUGAGAAUGGGGAGUUGGUGUUUAAGGGACCUUAGAUAUACUAUCCUGAGUCUCUAGCACCGAGAACGGGAGGUAACCAGUAGUAAAGGAUACAGAGUGAUUUUGUAUGAUUGGAGAUAUUGCAUAGCGAAUGAUGAAUUUAUUAUCCCAAUUAACCAAUAA